AUGACGUUGAAGAGAUCGAUCUCGAAACGGGUCAAGUACACAUUUGCGAAAACGAAACGGCUAGUGAGCCCCUCCGUCGGACCAAGUAGGUCUCCCUCUGGCACCUUCAACGACACAGACUCAUUCUCAUCCUGCGGCUCCAACCUCAGCUGGGACCCGUCCGGAACACCUGCGGGUGACGCCGUUACCAAUAAUGCCAACACCCACGGUGGCGCCAGCAUCAGCUCUAGCACCAACACCGAGUCGUUCCAGGGCCUGGGAAUCUUCAAAGACGUCUCCGCAGCUGCCUCAGCUUCUUCCGGCUCUCAGAAUCACACUCAAGCAAACUCCAUAUCCUCGAUACAGAAGUCGGUCUCGCACAUCAUCUCUGCCACGAAAUCGAACCUCAACACCAGCAACUCGGGUAACGGCACUAGCGGUGCCAACGACUACGCCUCCCCAGGUAAUGACACAAACCACCAUCCAACUCUCUUGUACACGGGAAGAAGAAAGUCUAACAGCAUCCGUCGAAACAAGUCCAUCCAACAGAUACACCCUCUGGACUACAUAGAUACCAAUAUCAACCAGACUACACUCAACUCGAAUCCAAUCUCUUUCUCUGCUCCUAAGGACUACUUCCACGAAGCUGCCAACUACAACGAACCAAGCCAAGCUUCGUACCACAAAAACGACGAGGAAGAAGUCAUUUUACUCCCCGUGGACCCUGUGGACAAGUCCAAGCCUCCUUGCACCACCGAACAACUCACCCCGAUAUUACCUUUAAGUUUAGAUUCAUCCUACAUCAAUGGGAACGGCAACAGCUAUUUUGAUAUCAACCCAAACGACAAGCCGCCACUGAUCGUUUCAAACUUGAGCUCUUCUACAUCAACUACCUUGAACUCCUCCUUCCUCGAACCCACCACAAGAGGAACCCCGACAAGUUCCACCACUUCUCCUAUCAGAAUCACUCUGUCUGCCUCGAACUUCAAGCCAGAAGAGGUACCACUGGAACUUUUCCAGCCUGACGUAAACCCUAUUUUUGCAAAGUCGUACCAGAUUGAUCACUUGGAUAAGGAACUUGACCUCAAGAAAAAGGACCGCUUGGCAGACCAAAUGGCUCUGAAUAUUCUACAACACAUUUCGGAGGAAAAUGUUGAUGAGUUGUCCAAGCUCAAGGAGGAAAUCUCCAUGAAAUUCUAG